UUUGUUGGUUAGGUUUUAUAGUCGUGGCGAUAGUAAUAUCUUUUCUCGUGUAGCCGGACACGUCAAAACUAUUAAAAUAUAAAGUUAUUGGAUUAUUCUUACGUUACAAUGGUGCUUGAUUUGGAUUUAUUUAGAACAGAAAAGGGCGGAAACCCUGAUAAAAUUCGUGAAAACCAGAAGAAACGGUUUAAAGAUCCUGCGUUGGUAGAUAAAGUUGUGGAAGCUGAUAGCAAGUGGCGACAAUUACGUUUUAAAGCAGAUAAUUUCAAUAAACUUAAAAAUUUAUGUAGUAAAACUAUUGGAGAGAAAAUAAAAUCUAAAGAACCGCAAUCUGAUAAAAUUACUGAGAUUGCAACUAAUUUUGAUUUAGAUACAGUUAAUGCGGAUGUGUUAAAACCUCUUUCAGUGGAACAAAUUAAAAAAGUAAGGAUACUUAUUGAUGAUGCCCUUGUUCAAAAUGAGAAAGAUUUAUUGGAUGUUGAGAAAACUAGAAAUGAAUCUUUUAAAGAAAUAAGUAAUUUUGUUCAUGACUCGGUACCAAUUGACAAUGAUGAAGAUAACAAUGCUGUAGUUGCUUUAGUUGGUGAUUGUUGUGCUAAAAAAAAAUAUUCUCAUGUUGAUUUAAUUCAUAUGAUUGAUGGUGUUGAUAGUGAUGCUGGAGCAACUGUUUCUGGUGCACGUGGAUAUUAUUUAAAAGGACCUGGUGUAUUCCUUCAAUCAGCUCUUGUUCAAGAAGCAUUACGACGAUGGGAUGAUAAAGGAUAUAAACCAUUGUACACACCAUUUUUCAUGCGAAAAGAAAUAAUGCAAGAAGUAGCACAACUUGCUCAAUUUGAUGAAGAAUUAUACAAAGUUAUUGGUAAAGGAAGUGAAAAAGUUGAUGAUAAUGAUUUGGAUGAAAAAUAUUUAAUUGCUACUUCUGAACAACCUAUUGCAGCUAUCCAUCGUGAUCAAUGGCUUCCUGAAUCUAGCCUUCCUAUAAGAUAUGUUGGUGUAUCAACUUGUUUUCGACAAGAAGUUGGAUCACAUGGAAGGGAUACCAGAGGAAUAUUUAGAGUACACCAAUUUGAAAAAGUUGAACAGUUUGUUCUAACUUCUCCAUUUGAUAAUCAUUCUUGGACAUUGUUUGAAGAAAUGAUAAAUAAUUCUCGACAAUUUUAUGAUGAUUUAGGAAUAGCAUACAGAGUUGUAAAUAUUGUAUCUGGUGCCUUAAACAAUGCUGCUGCUAAAAAACUUGAUUUAGAGGCAUGGUUUCCUGGUUCAAGAGCUUUUAGAGAACUAGUUUCUUGUAGUAAUUGUCUCGACUAUCAAGCUAGGCGACUAUUAGUGAGAUAUGGACAAACAAAAAAAAUGAAUGAAAAGGUUGAUUAUGUUCAUAUGUUAAAUGCUACAGCAUGUGCAACAACAAGAGUUAUAUGUGCAAUUUUAGAAACUUAUCAAACAGAAACUGGAAUUAAGGUUCCUGAAUUACUUAAAAAGUAUAUGCCAUUAAGAUAUCAAGAAGAGAUACCCUUUGUUAAAGUAGCUCCUAUUGAUGAAGAGGAGACAAAAAAACAAAAGAAACAAAAAGAAGGCAUGAAAAAUAAGAAAUGAAAUUACUUGCAUAAUAUUGAUAAAUUUGUUUAUUAAUUUACACUUGUAUUGUAAAUUAAAGAAUUUAUUAUUAAGUAUUUUAUUAUAUUCUAAAAAUAUAGGUCUUACCUAUAAUACUUAAUUUUAAAAUAUCUUUGUAAGUAUUUAAUUUUUUGAAUUAAAUAAAAAUUAUUAUUUAUUUUUAUUA